AGACAUUCGGCCGUGGUUCGAUGAAAAUACGGUUGCUAUUUCUAGCAAAUAAAGCGACCCUGUUGAUGUUUUCAUUGACUCGAUGUAAUUAGUAGAACGGUAAAAACUACUUAUAAUAGUACGUGUCUGCGUAAUCCAAUGGUCUCCGUAUGCAUUUUAUAUUUUUUACUUUGUUUUUAGAUUAAAUAAAAUUCAAAGAUUUUAUUUUUCUUUGAAAAUUAUGGGAGCAAAUUUGCUACGAAAAAAUUUAUAAGUUCGUUGACCUCCUUAAACCGGAAGAUAAAAAUGUGUCAAAAUUUGCCGCGAAAAUUUAACUUCUACAAACAAUGGCAGGUGCUGCUAUCCGUAUGUCGCCCGCAGAAAUAGAAUUUCUUGCGGAGAAGGAACUAAUUUCAUUUGAGCCUAAUUUUACAUAUUCUAAUAUUUAUUUAAUCCAAGGUGAUUUUGGUCCUUUUGAAGCUGGAAUACCAACUUCAGUUCCUUUGUGGUUAGCGGUGAAUCUAAAACAGAGAUGUCGUGGUCGAAUUAUUCCUCCAGCAUGGAUGAAUAUAGACGACCUUAAUUUGAAAAAGCAAGAAGAACUUGAGAACAAACUCUUCACAGAAAUGCCAUCUCGAUAUUAUAUUGAAAUAACACAACUUUUGCUCAAAAAUGCUCCUGAAGAUAUCCCCAAAGCUGAUGAACUACGAACUCUUAUUAAAGACAUCUGGGACUUGCGCAAAGCAAAAUUACGAAGCAGUAUUGAUACUUUCAUCAAAAGUGAUGCCACACAUGCUAAGCUGAAUCAUUUGACCCCUAUGGAAAUAAACACUAUCCGUGCUGUACUCACUGAGACCAUGAACCAUAUAAACGUACUAAGAAGUAACGUACAUACAAAAUAUACAGGAAAUUCACAAGAUAUAUAAACAUUUAAUAAAGUUGAUUAAUAAAAUUACAAAUCAUCUCUCUUA